AUGCCAGCUGGUGUCUAUAGCUGGGAGGAUGAAGUUGUACUCCAGUGCAUUGCAAACAUUCACAAGGAGCAACGGAAGUUCUGCCUGGCAGCUGAGGGACUUGGGAAUCGCCUGUGCUUCUUGGAACCCACCUCAGAAGCCAAGUACAUUCCUCCAGAUCUCUGUGUCUGCAAUUUCGUGCUGGAACAGUCCUUAUCUGUCAGAGCACUGCAAGAAAUGCUUGCCAACACCGUUGAAAAUGGUGGAGAAGGGCUCAGUGACCUCUCGGAAUGGAAACAUUUUCAAGUGAAAAAAUGCACAGAAUUUUUAAAGCUCCAGAUCUUCUAA